GCAUUUCACUUAUUUGGUGAAAAAACCAACGCGAGGAUCUCUGACACAUUGGUACAAACUGAGAACACAACGUUCAAAUCUUCCACGAAAGACUUGAUUUGAUCCUUUCUUAAUUCAUCAACACCAAUAUCCACCGAUGCUCGCCGAGCACUACGUUAUCCAUCACCCCCGUCCUUUGAAAUAUGGAGUAUGGUGUUACACGUGCUGGCUUUCUACCGCAGAGAUUUGCGGGAAGGAAGACGAGCGCUCCGCCACCAGAGAAGGAUCUUCAUCGCCUCCUGGAAGAACGUGGCGGACGAUGUGUCGGAGCGGCUCGGGAACAGGAGCCCCUGCCUCCCGAAACGUUCGGGCGCAAGACGGCGUGAUCCUGUUUUUCGAAAAGGUGACCAUGUCGGACACGUGGAGCAACAUCCAGGCCCACAAGAAGCAGCUGGACUCCUUGCGGGAAAGGCUUCAGCGGCGGCGGAAGGAGCCGACAACUCACACAACACAACUGGCCGCUGGUAUUCCAGGCACGCCAGUCUCCAUGUGUGUGGCAUUGAGUCGUAGGCUUUCUCGUAGUCAAUCCAGGCAGUGCGCAGAGGUUGGCGCGAGUGCAGAUGUUACCGCACCCAGGAGCGACAGCCCGGCGACGUCGGCGACGUCGGCCCCGUGUGCCACGCGGGAGGACACGGCGCAACCUCCGGACCCUGAAUUGGAGAAGAGGAUGCUGGCCUAUUUGUCCGAUCUGAGUCUCUCUUUGCCCAAGGACUCCCUCACUAUCACAAAAGAAGUGAACGGCUCCGAGAUGGCCGUCGCUCACGGAUGCAUCCAGAGUCUUUUGCUCAAGUUCUCCGCUCAGGAGCUCAUCGAAGUCCGGCAGUCGGCUUUAUCCUCAUCUUGUACGACAGUGGUCGUAGCGGUGGACCAUACCAAACUAUGGGCAAUGAUUGGAUCGGGUGCCGGCGCCCCUCGGACGGGAGUCAAGAGAAAAGCCGAGGAGCAGUCCCAGCGCACGAGAAGUCCGAGCUUCUCGCCCUCGUUGCAGGGCUCCGCUUCUCCUCCGCGCCCUGCCGCCGUCGCCGCCGCCUCUGUUUUGCCGGCGUCAUCUUGGCAGACGGCGGGGCCGUUGUGUACCUCGGGGAGCGGCGCUGACAAGAAAGGCAGGAGCGGUAAAAGCCAGUCCUCGCACUUGGACAUGGAAAUCGAAAGCCUCCUUAACCAGCAGUCCACAAAAGAGCAGCAGAGCAAGAAGGUGAGCCGAGAAAUCUUGGAGCUGCUCAACGCCAGCACAGCCAAGGAGCAGUCCAUCGUGGAGAAGUUUCGCUCUCGGGGCCGCGCUCAGGUGCAGGAGUUUUGUGACCACGGGACCAAAGAGGAGUGCGUCCGCUCGGCGGACACGCCUCAACCGUGCUCAAAGCUCCACUUCCGCCGCAUCAUCAACAAUCACACGGACGAGAACCUGGGCGACUGCUCCUUCCUCAACACGUGUUUCCACAUGGACACCUGCAAGUACGUCCACUACGAGAUCGACAGUCCUCCGGAAGCCGAGGGGAGCCUGGCGGGGACCCAGUCGGAGGCUGCCGAGCUGGGCCUGCACGACGGCGACGCCGACAGCAAUGUGGGCAAACUCUUCCCCUCUCAGUGGAUCUGUUGCGACAUCCGCUACUUGGACGUGUCCAUCCUGGGAAAGUUUGCCGUGGUGAUGGCCGACCCGCCCUGGGACAUCCACAUGGAGCUGCCCUACGGCACGCUGACGGACGACGAGAUGAGGAAGCUCAACAUUCCCGUCCUGCAGGACGACGGCUUCCUCUUCCUCUGGGUCACCGGCAGGGCAAUGGAGUUGGGGAGGGAGUGCCUCAGUCUGUGGGGCUAUGAGCGAAUUGAUGAAAUCAUCUGGGUGAAGACCAACCAGCUUCAGAGAAUCAUCCGCACAGGAAGAACAGGACAUUGGCUGAACCACGGGAAGGAGCACUGUCUGGUGGGCGUGAAAGGAAACCCGCAGGGAUUCAACAGAGGUUUGGAUUGCGACGUCAUCGUUGCCGAGGUGCGUUCCACCAGUCACAAACCGGACGAGAUCUACGGAAUGAUCGAGAGGCUCUCGCCGGGCACCAGGAAGAUCGAGCUGUUCGGUCGACCGCACAACGUCCAGCCUAAUUGGGUCACACUCGGUAAUCAGCUGGAUGGGAUUCAUCUCCUGGAUCCAGAGGUUGUGGCCCGCUUCAAGGAACGCUACCCGGAUGGCGUCAUCUCCAAGCCCAAGAACAUGCAGACGCCACAUAAUUGACGAGAUUUGCCCAGCUGUAAGUUGCUAUCCCAAGCCAAUGUGGCACCUGAGGCCAGAUUUUAUACAGCGCCUCCCUCCAUCAACAAUUUACGUACAGUGCUGUGAAAAAGUGUUUGCCCCCUUCCUCAUUUCGUAUUUUGUUUGCAUGCUUCUCACACAAUGUCACACAAUG